UGCGACGGCUCGUGAUUCGCAUUUACGUAUUGGAUUAACAGAAAAUCGCUGCGAGCGCAAAAUGUAGACGCACGCGCGCGUCAUAGGAUUGCAUAUUGCAUUCCGCAGCUAAUAGAGGACUGUCGCGCAUGGGAAAGAGCGAGGAAGAGAGAGAGUAAAUACGCAAUCCUUAUAGAUGUUGUAGCAGAAGACGAUUCCAGGCGGUCGUUAAUUAAAGUCGUAAGCACGCCUAUGUGCAUAGGCGAGGUCCUCUCUCGGCUGCAUUCGUGCGGAUUAUAUCGUUCUAAAAAGUUUUUUGUCAUUCAAGGGCUCGAUUCGUGCUUGGAGGGACAUGUGUACGCGUGAGCUGCUGUGACGACGAGCUGAAAUCGAUAUGAGGUUAAAAUUAGGUGGUUGUCUUUGCCUGCACUGCUGCCGUAAGUCUACGACAGGCCGAACUUCAAGACUGUAUGUUGACUUUUAAGCGGUUGACAGGGCACCUAACAGUAGCAUCCGGGCGACGAAUCAUGUCCCUCGGAACGUCAUUAGCGCCUGCGGUUGUGCCAGUGCUUUAAAACGGGAAUUUCUGUGAUAGUUAAUUAAGCCUAAUCAAGCACGAAAAGAAGAUAAUGCAAAAGAGAACGAGGCAAAUUUCGUCGUCACAUUAUUGCCGGCCGUCGUACGUUGCUGCUGUUAAUUCUGCUGCCGUCGUCGUCUUCGUUGCUGUUGACGAGCUGCAACUGCGAGAUACCGUUUCUGCUGGAGAAUGCAAUUUUUUCCCGGAAAUCAGCGCCAGCAACGAAAAAAGCGAUCGCCUGGUCCUGCUGUAAUUUCAUCGAUAAUUGCCGGACAGAGCGAUCAAAGUAAACCAUGUUACAACCAAGUGUUGUCAUACUCAUUGCGAUCUUCUUGAUCGUGGUGCUAAACUACUACUAUGGUCUGAUAUUUUACAUAUUUAUGGGACUGCUGACCAUUUGUGCCACCUCUUGUGGACCAGCAAUUAUAUUUUAUGCUUACACAAGAUUUCCAAAGUUGGAAUAUAAACCUGGUUGGAAAUACUAUCUUUUAAGCAUAUUCGCACUCCUAAUUGCAGUAUUAUUUUACUAUGGUUUAAUUGUACAUGCAUUUUUUGGAGUACUUGCUAUCUGUGGUAUGACACUUGGUCCAACAAUGGUUUUAUAUAUGCAUUCAAAUCUUUCAUCUACUCCUACCAGUAAUAAGUGUGCUAAAAAAACUGUUAAUAAACUUAAUGCAUUUGAAAUUCUUUUAAUUAAAAGUGCUUGGUUCAAUGAUGAUGUUGAAAGAGAUCCCAAUCGUUACCCUUUAGUAUAUUCAAGAUUAGUCGAUGGAGGUUUACAGAACUUAAUGGAUCUAGUGUUUAGAGAUUUUGUUGGUUGUUGGUUGAAGGAUAUUGUUAGUGGUGCUGAUGAUAUCAUGGCUUCUAUGAAACAAGAUUUUUGGGAGGCCAUUCAAAAAAUCCAUAGCAGAAGCGAACAAAUUGAUCACACAAAUUUAGUAGCUUUUAGCAUGGUGAAUACUGUUACUUUUCAUUUUGAAAAAAUAAGACAUGCUCAAGAAGCUGUAAUUGAUGGUGAAUCACCUACUUAUCUUUUAUCACCACAUUUAAUAACAAAAGAGGGUGAAAUAGAGUACUUAAGAAAAGUUAGCGAAGUGUUUAUUUUAUUUUUUAUGCCUCGAGGCUACACCUUUUCCCCUGCAAAAAGUCUUGUUAGAGAAAUCUUUACAUGCAGAGUUCUUCUGCCGUUUAUAAAUACGAUUACGGAUCCAGAUUAUAUUAAUCAAAAAAUAUUAUCGUACAUAGAGCAACAGCAAAUGACGGAAGAAUUGCAUAAAAAAACUUGUGAUUACGCGGAUUCGUACGAAGACUUUUUAGCGAUGAUCAAAGCUACUCGAGACGUUGACGUCUUGAAACGAAUAAGAUUUAAUAUUGUUACUGAAAUAAUGGAGGCUACGACAACGCAAAAUAUUCAACGAGCUCAGGGCUUGGAUCCCGAGAACGGAAACGUAGGCAAAUCUGAAGCAGCGCAGGCGAAAAAAUUAAAGAAAUACAUAGGUCAAUUGACUCAUGCAAAAAACGUAUGCGAAUCUCGCAUGCGAGCAAUGGGUUGGGAUGGUUUUCCCAUGGAAGAUGACGAUGUGAUAGACGCUGCAGCUAUCGCUGAAAACAGAGUAAUCCCUUUGAGGACUAUUUUAGACAGCGUCAUAGGCAGAAAAUACUUUUCACAAUUUCUCGAGCAAGUAUCUAGUCGAGGAUUAAUAGGCUACUGGACAGCGGUGCAAGAGCUACGGGCAGUAGAUAAAUCUAGUUGGCAUCAAUUAGGAGCUGAGAUUUUUUAUACGUACAUAGCUAUUCCUACGGCAGAGAUUAAAGUGGACAAAGAGACGAUGAAGCGGAUGGAAAGUUUUUUGAUGGGCGACAAAGGACCGGACGUUUUUUACGAGGUUCAAGAAAUGGUUGUGAAUAUUCUCGAGGAAAAGUAUUAUCCGUCAUUUAUCGUAAGCGAACAGUACAAACAUUUACAAAAAUCUUUCAACGAGGAUAAAACGGAUGUGUCCAUGAACGAUCAAAAAUCACUGAUGAACGGCACGAUUUGCGACAACACGUCGCUCCUGGUCGGCGAGCACUCGACUUAUGCGAGAAACAAGCUGGCGCAGCUGCAAGAGAAGCUGACCAACAAGAUGCAGGCGCUGAGCGCGCUCAAGACCGCGCUGAAACCGGAGAAUAAGGUGCUCGGCAUACUGGCCAAGGAAGUUGAGUGGCUUCUCGGCGAGAAGCGUCAGCUAGAAGCCCACCUGAAUCACACGGAAAUGUGGGCGGAGCAUCUGGGCCAUUGGCGAGCCGACGUGCAGAGCGCCGAGUGCACGGAAAAUGGUGAAGCUCCGGAAUUCGUUUUGGUCGUACACAUGGUUGCGGACGAAGCGGAUGAAACUAGCAUUUCUACCGGUUGGGUGGUUUUGCGAAAACUUCCGGAAUUUCAGGAACUUCAUAGAAAAUUGAGGCAGCUCUGCUCCAGCGUAAAAACCCUUGAACUCCCGUCACAGCCGCUAAAGUUUUUCGGCAAGAUGGACAAAGCUACUUUGGAAAAGUCGAAAGCACAGAUUCAAAAAUACUUGAACGUUGUUUUGGAAAACGACCGACUAAAUCAAAGUGAAGCUCUUUAUGCCUUCUUGAGCCCCAGCUCAGAGCGUCUAAAGCAAGGAACUCCAUCGCCUAAAAAAUCUCGCUUUUCCCUUGCAACUUUAUUCAAAUCUAGUUCUGGCAGCAGUGGCGAUUCGCGUGAAAAAGAUGACGACGAUGAUUAUCCGUCGUUGAUUGAUGACAAUGAACCAUCUCGAUCCGUAACUGACAGUUUUCUCGGUCCUGGAAAAGACUCCAUAGCUGAGCCACUUUACGCUUUACUGGGAGAAAUUUUUGACUUGAGAGGAGUUUUCCGCUGGCUACGCCGAUCUCUCAUAACAUUCGUACAACUUACAUAUGGAAGGACAAUUAAUAGACAAAUCAGAGACAGUGUGACUUGGAUCUUUUCCGAGCCUAUGCUCUAUUAUUAUAUUCAACUUUUGACAAAAUCUUGGUGGCCAAAUGGUGAAUUAGCUUGGGAAUUUCCGGAGCGAACCGAAGCUGACAAAGAAAAAACGCGCGAAGAAGCUCGUCAACAAUUUUUAAACAAUGUACCUUACUUUUUAACGAAUCUAGUUGGUGCUCAGACUGCUCAAAGGGGAUCUACAAAAGUAUUUGACGCAUUUCAAAAUGUGCAAUUAAACAAACAGUUAUUUUACGACUUAUUUGAAGUUGUUAUGUAUGAAAUGUUUCCUGAGUUGAAAAAAGAUCGAGAUUGAAGAAAAGUCAAGGGUGAAAAAGUAAUUUUCAUCAAAAAAAGUGCAUCACUGGUGCUUUUUAAUUUUCGUUAAGACAACGAUCAAAAAAAUAUUUCUUAAAUAUUACGACAAUUUCAUAGUUUAUCGAGGUGCUGAAUGGUUUCUAUAGAUUAAGAAAUUUAUUUUAAUCUUUUAUUUGCGACCCUACUUAUUUUAUUAGUUUUAAUCGAGUGGGUGCUUGAAUAAACUUUGAUACCUUCUUUUAUAUCUUUGAAAAAUCUAAGUAAAAGGUGCUAAUACCAAAGACUGUCAGCGUUUUCUGAUCAAAAACCUUUUUAAUUUGUCCUUUAUACUCAAUUUCAACAAAUUGUAUUGCAUAAAUGCUGACUCUAAAAUACAAUUCUACAUCUAUUUUUUAAUUUUUUAUCUUUAAUACAUUUUUAUGAGAUAGUAGGACAGAGUAUUUUAUUUAAAGUUGCAAUGAGUCCACCCAGUAUCGGAUCAGAGUGAUCUUUCAUGAAAAAGUACAAUACAAUUAUGUGUAAUAAUAUACAAGUUUAUUAAUGCUGCACAUUAUUGAUAUUAAAUUGUGAAAAAAAUUAUGAAAAUGCACGAUUAAUCUUACA